AGGGGCCUCGCUGCAGCAGAGCCGCGCUGGGAUGGGGCAGAGGCUCGCCGGGCGCCGGAGGGCAGACAGCUGAGCGCGCGCUCCCCGGAGCCGAGCCCGCCGGGCCGGAGAAGGACUCGCAGCAGCCUCUCGCCGGGGCCCUCUCCGCGCGGGCGGGGAGCCGGAACUUCGAGGGGAGCCCGGCCGGAGCCCAGCGGCACCAUGGUGUGCCGCGCUCUCUUCGCCCUGCUCGUCCUCGCGACAGGUUUAAAAGUACAGAGUCUGCCUACAUCAACCACCUUUCCUGUUUCUCUUCCGGCAAAAUUUACUACAUUAUCUUCAAUCUGGACCAGUCCUCCACAAAAUACUGUUGAUGUUACCACCUCCUCCAGCAAUAACACACAGAAUAACUCAUUGCUGACAGUGACAUUAUCAGCUGAGACAACUCCACUUCCUGGAAAUAUAUCAGUAAUACCAGGAAACCCGGAGAGCACCAGCAAAGCCCCCAUACAAGAAUCAGCAGUUACUGCAGUGGGUCAGGAGCAAGAAGGAACAGCCCAAACCCAGUCCUCAGUCAGAACAUGGCCAACAAGUAGCCAAGAUGAGAUUAAGUCCACCCUUGCAGGACUUGGCUCCACAACACCAAAAACCAGGAAUGAGACAGAAGCUGUAACUACAGCUUCUCCUUCUCCGUCAGACACAGAAGCAGUCACCUCCUCCCAGGCUUCAUCUUCCUUGCCAUCUUGGUUACCCCCGAAGAUAUCCCCCACCAGUGUAAUCACAAACUCCAUCACAGCUAAAAGCACGACCCACAAAGAGAGCAGUGAAGAAUUCUUGGGAACUCCCACAGCUACCCCCCACGGAGCUGACCUCCAUCCUAAUGGGACACCGACUUUUCCUGCUUCAUCUGGGCCCAAGAUGGAAGAGACAACUUCUCAAGUGACCCUGCCCAACUAUGAGGUGGAAGGGACUGAUGGUAAUACGGUGUCUCCUCGGAUAAUCAUGGAAGAAGUUGAACACGCAUUAAGUUCAGGAAGCAUUGUAGCCAUUACUGUGACAGUGAUUGCAGUGGUGUUGCUGGUGUUUGGAGUAGCCGCCUAUCUGAAAAUCAGGCAUUCUUCCUAUGGAAGGCUGCUGGAUGAUCAUGACUACGGAUCCUGGGGCAAUUAUAACAACCCACUUUAUGAUGAUUCCUAACAGAGGAACACGGAAUGAGACAAGACAUAUAUGUUCUUUAAUUUAAAAGUGCUUAUCCAGUAGCAUUAAUGCUAAUUACCUGAUAUGCAUUCAAUGACAAUCCUGUGGCCUGUUUUGUUGGUUUUAUUGUUUGUUUGUUUUUUAAUUUUUAUUUUUCUUCUCUUCUGGUUUCUGCUUCCCUUCUCUUUAGGGGGGAAAAAAGAGCUAUCAUUUUUAGGUGAAUCCAAACUAAAUCUCAAUUGAAUGAGACAACAUGGAAGAUCAGACCACCCUGGCUGCUCUGGAGAAAGGAUAUACUUUUAGGGGAGCAAGGAUGGCAUUUAUGUGGGAAAUCAUAUUAAAUCUCCAUAAAAGAAAGCCAGAGAAAAUGAUCACUAGAGGGGUUUUCAUCUGCAGAAGCUCAUGUUUCUCCAAUUCCUUUUUAAUCUCUGUUUAUCUUGUCCUGGAUCCCAGCUGCAACUCUGCAGAAAUGGUUGCAGGCUCUUUCUUCUCCUAAUUAAGGAAUGAUCAAAAUAGAGAGCGCAUGAAAGGAGGGAGCCUGCCGAGGGGCAGAAUUAACAAGUGAGUUUCAGAUCCCGACAUGUUCUUUCAUUCUCUGCUUCACAAGGUGUCUCGGAUUAAAGAUGCCAAAGGCAUCCAGCUUCCUUGGAAACCAUGUGCUUGCAAGCCUUUUGAUGGACCCAACGAGGGUCCUUUAAGGUAAACUUAAAAAGUCUGAGAUGGAGGGGGAGGCAAGGAAGAGCCCCAGCCCCUCUGGAGUUGAGAGAGUAUUUGGGUAUCAGGGCAUAUGUUGGGGCAGGAUGCUGAAAAGGCUAUCAGAGAGACCUCUGGGUAUGCUGUGGGCUACAAUUUAUCUGAAGGAAUCCACAGCAUCCUCUCCACAAGCUCCUGAGGUUGCUGGCCAUGGCCUUAUUCCCUUUCAGUAAUCCAAGGUCAGCCACAGAUGAAUUCUGAAGGCAUUUCUUCAAUUUCUCACCUACAUAUUCCUGUAGAUAGGGAAUUUACAGUGUGAUCAAUUCAUUUCUUGUCCCCUAGUUCCUGCACUCACUAACUCUACUCUUAUUCACUGUAUAGACAAGUCAGGGCAUGUAUUUAUUUCCUGCAUAAAGAAACUUGAUUAAAUACCAGCACCUUUUUAGGGAAAAGGAACCAUUAUAGGACAAUGCUUACUUGGAUAAAAUGAGGCCCACACAAAUAAACAGUGUUGUUUUAACAGCAAUUAUUUCCCCUCUGUAGCUUUAAUCACCAUAUUGACUUUUGCAAGGUCCAUAUCCUGGUGAAAUUCAAAUAUACUUUGUACUUGUUUUCAAACAUGUCAUCACCCUCUCUUCUGUGCUAAGUGCAUUCUAAAUUAUAGAGAGACUGUGAAAUCUGGUCAGGUAUUAUUCCAGUCAAUCCACAAGCAUUUAUUAAAGCACUUACCUCCUGCCAGACAUUGUACUAAACUCUGGAUAUAUGAAGAAAGGCAAAAUUAAUCAUAAAAAUAAUAAAUCCCUGCUCUCAAGGAGCUUACAAUCUAACCCUUGCUGUUGAUAGAUAACAUGUUUGGCGUACAAGAACUCUAUGGUUUUCCUGUAUCUCUCUGGUCUUCUGCAAAUGAUGUAUUAUACCCCUAAGCAAUAACAAGGGUUAAUUACCCAGUACACAUCCUUUCUUCCAUCACUGUCCAGAAGUAGAAUUGUUUCCCAAGCUUUCAGGUGCCAAAAUUGACGCUUUACCACCGUAAUCCUUCACUACAAGAAUUUAAUAGGGAUAAAGAUUACAGAAGCUAUUUAUUAAAGAAUAGAGAUUAUUUUUUAAAAAGACAGAGGAAACAAAGAACCUCUCUUUAGCUAGCUAUCCUUCAUCUAUCUAGUAAUUUUAAAAAACCACAAAUCUUUUUUUCCUAUUUUAUCUUCUCAUAUUUUCAGGAAUAGGAGUAGUUUUCACAUUACUUGUUAGUCAUGGAGCUUCUUGCAUGUUCCUAUUAGGAUCUUUAAAGAAAAAGGAAGAAAGGGCUAAUCCCUAAUCUCACUUCUUCCGCUCAUUCUUCCCCCAUUCAACACCACCAAUUGGUCUAAAUUUAACAUGUAUGUUCCUCUAAAGCAGGGCCUGUUUCAUGUUUCUUUUUAUGUUCCCAACAUCCAACACUGUGCCUGCCAUUGACAGGUAGCUGAUAUAUUCAUUGACUCCCAAGAGUUUGGGCCCUUUGAAGAGCAAGGAAGGAAUACCAGAACCCCACUCUGAGAAACAAAAGAGGUGUAAAUUAACUUUAGGAUGCCCUUGCAGCAUUUAAGCUAAGAGGUGUCAAUUCCUCUAGAUGUUGGAGUCUGGCCCUGAAGUUUUAAAUAGUCCUGAGAGAGUUCGGACUCUGCCUCAUGAAUCAAUAACAAACAUUUAUUAAGCUCUUACUAUAUGCUAAGCCCCGAGGACACCUAUAAAAAGUGAAAAAUAUCUGGCCUGCAGGAAUUUUCAUGCUAAUGAAACAGUAUAUACACAGAUAAAUCCAGAGAUGGAAAGUAGUUUUAAAUUAUAUAGCAGUAGCAGUUAAUAGAACAAGUUAAAAAAAACUCCUUUAGGAAGAAGCACUUAAGUCACAUCUUAAAAGAAAACUAGGGAUUCUGAGAGUUGGAAGUUAGGAAGGAGCAAAUUCCAGUACAGGUACAAAGGCUGAAAAAAGGAUAGGAGGUGGAAUGUAUGUGGCCAAUAUAACUGAAUCACAGAGUCCAUGGAGGGGAGCAACAGUCAGAGAACUGGAAAGAUAGGAAGGGGCCAUAUUGGGAAGACGUUUAAGUGUCCAAAAGAAAACCACAUCUGAUGCUAGACAGGCAAGAGCCAUUUUGAAAUGGCCUUACAACUUUAAGAAUAUCCUUUUGGCAGCUUUUAUGGAUGAUGGAUUGAAGCUGGAAGAGACCUGAAGGUGGGAAACUAAUUACAAAGCUCUAGUCCAGAUGAGAGAUAAUAAGGAUAGAUAAUUAGUUUGGAGGCUACAUGAGUGAGGAAAAGGGAAUAUAUGUGACAGAUGGAGAGAAAGAAAUGACUAGAUUUGGCAAUUCAUUAUAUAUGAGGGAAGAGUCAAAGAUGAUACUAAGAUUGAGGACCCAGAUGACUGGAAGAAUAAUGUUGUCCUUCACAACAAUAGAGAAAUUCCUAAGAUGGGUAGGUUCAGAGGGAAGAUAAUAAAUUCUGUUUUAAACAUGUGGAGCUUGAGGUGUACAUUUGAGUUCAUAGGAGUAACAAUUCAUGUCAAUAGGAUUCAAGAAGCAACUUUUUUCACUGGAAUAUCCAAUUGUCUUUCAUAUUGGUUUAUUAGUCUACAGUCAUUUAUUAAGCACCUAUUAAGUGCUAGACAAUGGGGAUAAAAGGAAAGGGAAAAGUCAGUCCUUAUUUUCAAGAAGCUCACAGACUAAUUGGUGAGAAAACAUGUAACUGAUAUAUACAUAUAUCCCAUAUGUAUGUGUAUAUAUAAACAUAUAUACAUAUAUGUACUGUGUAUAUACCUAUAUGUCCACGUGUGUAUAUGUUAUAAAUUGGUGACAAUCAGCAGAGGGAAGGCACCAACACUGAAGGGAAUUGGGAAAGACUUCUUGCAAGAGGUGGUAUUUUAGCUGGUAUCUGAAGGAAUCCAGCUCAGAAUGAAGCAAUGGUUGCUCAAACUGAACCAUCCUGAUCCCAAGGGAAGAUAUUACAUCAUUGGACCUGGGAGCCAGAGAUAUAGAUCACACACUGAAUGACCGCCUCUCCAAAAAGCCCUAAUAAUAAUUUUCCCUUUUGUGAUUAUGUGAAAGAAUCGAUUUGAUCAUAAAUAAUUCUAUCACUGUUAGUGUGUUUUAAGCCAUCUUGACAAAGAAAUGAAACCAGUCCAUCUGUAAUAUGCUGAUAAAUUAUAUAACUGGCUUAGAAAGACAGACUUAAGUUCUCUUCAUACUAAGGAAAACAUUAUCAGUAUAACUGUUUAUUAAGUAGGCAGACAGGCUGGUCUGCCUGGAUCAUCAAGACAUAGGAGAAAGGGGUAUGAUUUUUGGCCCAUUCUAUGUAACCCUGCUUAAGGUGCCCACUCCCUGUGUAUUUUUGCUUAUUCAUCUAUAAAAUGGAGUUGAUGUUCAUCUCUAGUCCCCCCUCCACUACCUGCCUCACAGGUAAAUUAUGAGAAUGAAUGAGACCAUGUAUGCAUUGUGUUUUCAGCCUCUGGAGAAAAUCACUGUAAAUAUUAAGAAUUAUGUAGGCAUAUAAGUAUUUAAGUUUCUCAUUUGCUGAUACAUGAAUCUCUUGUUCCUACUUCCAAAUGCAAAAGCAUAUUUGUAUCCUAGCAUUAUCUGAGUGUCAUGAUGGCUAUGUUCUCCCCUUGAUUGCUGGACAUUACCAGCCUAGAACUUUGAAUUCCAGUCUCUGACUUCAAAUAGAAAGGGGGGUUCAUGGAGCAUGAUCAGCAUGAGUUGUCAGGUCACCUCAGGGGCCAGAGAUAGCAGGAUGGUAUAUUAAGGAGCCCUAAGCCCCAAGGACAGCCGAGCUGUAGAACAUCCUGUCUGCUUCCUGAUCCCUGGAGGGAUUUCUUUGGAUUCCAUGUCACCUGUUGGUCCUUCAUCAUUCUUGCACAGAUGCAUGACUUAAUCCUUUUCCUCUCAGAAGAGAGGACAGAUCAUAGCUGCACCAGAUGCGAAUUUGUACAAUAAUUCACCUUCUUUGCCUUUAACCUUCUUUGUCAAAUGAAUGUAUCACUCACACCUUGCUUUUAAAAGUAGUGGUUGUAAGGGAUGAUGGAGAAAACCAAAUGAAGAGAAAAGAAACUGGUUUACUUUUCUUGGGGAUGGGAAAAACUGUUCUUAAAAGCUAAGAACACAAGUGGGCAAGUUGUUUGGAUAUUUGAUGUCAUUGUAACCACAUCUGUCCUAAGACAUCCCAGUACCAAUUAUUAUCAUACCCAUUAAAGUUGUUUUAAAUGCGUG